AUGCACCUCAAACCUAACCUGCUAAAAGCUGUAACUCAUUUACUCGUAAACACUGGCAAAAACCAAUGUGAUGUGUACAUAAAGGACCUGAGAAGAUUACAGCAGGACGGGUUUUACACAGUGUACCUGGGUGGGACGGAUAUCUCGGAGGGGCUAGUCACAGGUGAGUUCCCAGAACCGUCCUCUUCCAAGGUGGUGAAUGCCUGGAGUAUGAUGCACGCAGGAGGUAGCAGAGGCUGGGUCCCCUGGAAUUACAAACUGAUGUUCAAGACCGAUCUGUUUCUCUGGAACCCUUCCAGUGAGAUCUUCCAGGAGCUGUGUGUUUCCUUAAGCAACUUAUAUGGGAAAUGUGUAAUAGUAGCCAAGCCAGUGAAUGCAGCUAUGGAAACAAAUGGCCCCUCCAUGAUUGCGAUGGAACAGCAUCACCGACCUUUAUCUCCGGUCCUGGUGAACUUUAUGAGCUGCUGCCCUCUGGUUGCUCAAAGUCAUGGCCACGAGUUCUUCUGUCUGCCAUCACACUGUGGCCAUUUGAGUCCACUGGAUACCGCUUGGUCAGCUCUGAAAUGGUAUACCGCUAAAAACAGGCAUGAGUACACCACAAAGCACUUUGGAAAGGAGAGCCUACGCAAAUCCAUCCUUUUCAAAGACUUGAUUGAAACUGGAAUGAAGCAGAUGACAGCAAGCAAGUGGGAGACUGCUACUUCAAGAGUUCAGAAAAGGGAAAAUUAUUAUCUGAACGGGAAAAUGACUGUUGUGAUUUGA